AUGGAAAACAAAAUAAUUCUAAACUCACAAUCAACUGAUCUAACGACGUGGUGUUAACAAGAUUCUUCCGAAUUCGAUGAUAGUUGCUGUUCAAAUGAUGAUAACGAUAAGAGCAGUUAAAUGAUUGCCAAUUUUGUGGUUGGUAUUUUAAAACCAGGAUAAAAAAGAAUUGGUCUAGUUGCAGCAAAUAAGAAUAAAAUAACCAUUAGUGGUAUUCUAGGUAUAAACAGACCUCAUUAUUGA